UAUGAAUAGACCGCAACCUCCUUCACUUCCCCUUGGAUGGAUCGCAUUAUGGGAUGAAGCAUCACAACGAUAUUAUUAUGUAGAACAAGCAACAGGCACAACGCAAUGGGAAAUUCCUACGAGUGAAUCAAAAGCAACACCUGACUAUCACAACGGAUUUCCUCAGCAAAUGCCAACAGGAGAAAAUAGUACAUAUCAUGGUGCCACUAACCCUGUAGCAACCACAUACCCUACACAACCAUCAAGUCAAGAAGGAGUUGAUGGAGAAAGAGGUCUAGGAAAAGUAUUUCAUGGAUUCUCAGGUGGUGCUAUUGCUGGGAGUCUAUUUGGUUUUGCAGCUGGAAAGUUUCUUGGCAACCAUAAUCAUCAUGGUGGAGUAAGUUGGUCUGAAUUAGACCUUAUUUUGUGUAAAACUAACUGAAUUCUCUGCUUAGCAUUAUCAUCAACAACAAGGCUAUGCCAAUUACUAUCCACCUCCACCUCCACCACCUGUGCAAAAUGGUUUUGGUAGUAUGAUGGGUGGAGGUAGUGUUGGAUUUCCCUUUAGCGGUAAUCAUGGUCAUCAUCAUCACCAUGGACA